AUGUCGAGUCCAUCGUUAAACAAUUUAAUAUUGUUUGGCUGCAUGUUAGCAUACAUUAGUAUUAUUUUUAAUGGGUUAAAUUCAUCACUAUUGCCCAAACAAAUACAGCAACGGCUAAUGAAUAUUAUAUGCCCGGCACGUGCGUGGCUAUUGUGCAUAAGUUUUACAAUAGGAUUUGGUUCGAUGUUUAGCAAAACAUGGCGAGUUCAUUCAAUAUUUACAAAUAUCAGUAUUACAAAAAGAGGAAUACACGAUUUUCGUUUGUUAAGUAUGGUUGCAUUAUUGUUAACUGUUGAUAUUCUGUUACUUACCGCUUGGCAAAUACUUGAUCCAUUACAUCGUGAACUCAUUUAUGAGACAUCUUCUAGAGUACAGUUUAAACAAGAUAUUGAAAUUGUACCCUAUCGAGAAGAAUGUAAAAGUAAUAAUUUACCGCUAUGGUUCGUACUUGUGGUACUCCAUAAAGGUUUAUUAAUGAUUUAUGGUUCGUUUCUUGCAUGGAAAACACGUCAUGUUUCUAUACCAGCCCUAAAUGAUUCGAAAUAUAUUGGAAUUAGUGUAUAUAUAUUUUUAAUUUCGUGCAUUCUCGGCGCUCUUGUCGGUUUUGUUCCUCCUGAACAAGUUGAACUUUCAUAUAGUUUAACCUCAUUAUUUAUUAUUGUUUGCACCACAUCUACUCAAUGUUUAGUUUUCGUUCCCAAGAUUAUUGAAGUAUAUAGAGAUCCGAAUUCACACGCAAAACAGCCAAGAGCAACCAUUAGAUCACAAUUAAGUAGAAAAUCACAAUGUCAAAAUGAUACGAGAAUAACCCCUCAAUAUUUAAAUUCAUUAGCAAAUGAAAACAAACAAUAUAAAAUCAUCUUGUCAAUGCAAAACAAAACAUUCGAACAAUUACUCACAAAAUUUAAUGAUACGGGUGAACAUUUAAAUUACAAGAGAAAUCUUGGUACUUCAAAAUAUAGUGGCACUACCGAAAUUGAACCAUAUGAACUGGAUGCUUUACUGACAAUGAACACUGAGAACGAAAAUGAUGAUGAUCGAUUUCAUCUAUCAGAAGAUGAGCAGAACAUUUUAUCAUCAACGGCGAAUAUACGUCGAAAAGUUUCACUUGCACUUUCUCUGUGUGUUUUAAGUAAAAUCGAUAUCGAACAAAUAAAUGACCAUCACAUAGGCACAGGCCAUGGAGUGCAAUCUCAACAACAACUAGCAAAAAAUUAUGAGAGCUGUGUAAACCCUACACAAUCUAACAACAAUAAUUUUGUUCGCGAGAUAUCAGAUGUAUCUGAUGUAAUCACAUACCAACCAAUAAAUAAUUCUAUUAUCAUUGAAACAAACAACGAAGAUGAAUCGACAAGUCUAUUAUAUUAUUCACCUGAACAUCAAUUGGAUGAAUCACUUAAUACGGAUAUUAUGUCAACUCGGCCAAGUUUAAGUAGUGAUACACACUGA